CAAUGGCGUUUCAUUUUUUGAGGGUACCUUUCCGAGACACUCAAAACCUUAGAAGCAACGUAUUGCCUUUCGACGAGUUCCAUCAGAAAAAAAGCACGAAUCCCACUUCCACAAGAGGCGUCGUCGAUCGUAAGGCAAUUCUUGGUUGGAUUGUUCCUGUAGUGCAUUAAGCCAAUAAAAUCUUCGUCUCGUCGGAUUCGGAUUUGUGGCGAGAAAGACACGCCGCAUCGCUACCAAACGAUCGAACCAACGGAACGAUUGCAAACGAACACGAAUUGAGUCGAUUCGAUUUCGAUUCGAUUCGAUCGGAACACCCGAAUUGAAUGAAAUACACACCCUCUCGGCAUCCCACUGCAACCAUGAUGGAUUGUACGGACGAGGAAUCAGAAACGGACCGAAUGCUGGAGUCAAAGUCGCCGUUGUUGGCCUCGCCGACACCGCGACAGAAGAAGCGCCGGCAGUCGCUGAGGUUGAAUUCUUUCAAUUACAGCGCGAAGUUCGUGUUUUUCAUUUUCUUGGGAGCCCUCUUUAUGUCGCUGCACACGAUCUUUCUGACCAUGAUGACCAGAACGACGAUGUCGAAAGACACGACCAUCACCACGACAUUGACGACGACGCACCACGCCGAGGCGACGACCUCCCGGGUGGCGCUGGGGGAUUUUGGAAGCUCAGAAUCGAUAAACCUGCCCACCACACUAGGCGAUUCCGAGCAGCACACGGCGAUCCGACACCGGACGCAGGUAACGGAAACGAAAACCACACAGGUAAGCAGCAGCACGACGCAAACCGGGGUGUUGCAGCAGCAGCAGCAACAACAACAACAACAACAACAAUCCCUCGCCAUGGUUGCCGCGCUCGAAUCCGUUGCCGAGAUCAGCCAGGACGACGAGGAGGAAGAGGACAACGACGACUACACGCCCGCCGGUCCUGCCAUCAAGAACGUCCACGUUGUGGUCUCGCAUUGCGACGCCUCCAUCCAAUGGAUCUGGAAGACCUACCUCAAGGACCUUUCCCCGGAGUCGUACCGAAUCGCGUCCGUGACGGUCAUUACCAAAUGCAACAAAGCGAUCGAGGCGAAGGAUCUGCCGGUCCUCGAUCCGAUGCCGCUCAUCCAGGUCGUGACCAUGCCCAACGUCGGAAGGUGCGAUCACUCGUACGCCUACUGGAUCACGAUGGUCAUGCACAAGGGAUUCCUUGAACAAAAGGGCGAGGCCGAGCCGCUCGUGGCGCAGAGUUCCAAGCGGAAACUCCUCAAGAAACGGGAGAAAAACCAGAACUCGAAGAACCCGUUUGGACUGGUCUACGUGAAUUUCGGCAACGACCAGCUCUUCAAGCGGAUCGGCAACGAUAUUGGACCGGACGAUCUCAUUUUGUUCCUCAAAGACAACAACAACUCCUACCGCGACCACAUCGAGAAACACAUUCAGGUUUCGGACAUGCUACAGGCGAUCAGCCCCGAUAACGGUGUCAUUCCGCAGUCGUCCUCGAUGCUGCCGUCCUACAUUCCGAUUGUGAACUCCCACGGGGUGGCGUGCAAGUCGAAGACCAAUAAGGGCAUCCGGCAGGGCCGCAACAAGAGGUCCUACCAGGUGACGGACUGGGCACACCGAUCGGUCCUCUGGACGUUUUUGCUAGGGGUGUACUCGCGCAAGAAUAAGAAGGUGCAAACCAAGGAGGAACUGGAGGUCCACAAGAAAAUCAACGAGGAAUUUCAGUCGUUGCACCGACCGAUGGGACAGUGGAUCAACUACCUUGCAACUCGAACGAAGGUCACGAAGUUCGACAAAAAGAAGAAAAAGAUUAAAAAAAGCAUCGACGUCGACAACAGGAACACCACCACCAUUGACGUUCCUGUGUUUUCCAGCGACUACAUGGAGCACGCCAUUGGCACGACCAACAGGGAGCACGGAUACUUUUAUAACUUUACCCAUGAGGUACCGUACAUCCUCGAUGCCUCCAAUGGCAAGAACAGCCGCCAGCCCAGUUUUCCCAACAGCGUGACGAAGUUUUACCAGGAGCAAGACGUGAUUCCGACCUGCUUUGGGGGCGUCUUUGCCACUCAAUGGGGACAGCUCGUCGCGGACGACGCCCCCGUCACGCCGCACGGAUGGUCGGUCAUCACCAACGAGCUCAGCCGGGCGGACAACAUCGAGGAGGGUCACUACAUGGAGCGGUGGUGGGCGGACCUCCUGUCGUGGAGUUCCUACACCUCGAAGAGACAGGCGAAGCGACGGGAGGAACUCAAGCACCAGCUCGUUCCGACGGCAGCCCCCACCGAAGCGGGGACGUCGACGGAAACCACUGCGGGCACCACCAUGGGGGAGGAGGAGAAAGAUACCGAGACCAACAUCUGGGCGACCUCGUACGAGAGUGCGACGGAAGUCCUGGACCAAAGAGACCUUUCGAGCCUCAGCCAGGCAAAGCAGAAGGAACUGCUAUCGCACAAAAUGCUGCACUGGUCUUCGCCCGAUUCGUACACGGGGUUGAUCGUUGUUGAUCCAUCGAGCUACAAGAAACAGCGCCGGAGACAAUAGUGCAGAGCGCGAACGGAAUGGAAUGGAACGGAAAAUUGACCCCAUCUUGCUCGUGGUUGUAGCGCCGUAUGCAUGGAGUAUACUACAACCCGGAUCAAUUCACCGACAGCAAGUGAAUCGAAUCAAUCGAAUCGACACACGCAUUGCAACCGAAAGCGAAUCAUUUCGGCUUUACCACGAUUUUUUUUAUGAAUCAUUCCACUAUCCCCUUGUCUAUUGAUUGGGGGAACAAAAAUUUUGAAAGACGAAUCAAAACGAAAUGGAACAAAUCAAAUCAAAUCAAAUCAAAAAACACAGUUGUAGGUCUCUUCAAUCGAUCGUAUGUCGCCGACCUAGAAUUCUGCUAUAUGUACAGUAAUUAAUAAAAACUCAUAAUACCACGUUAAGAAACAUAGCCUCUGUAAUUUUGGAAUGACAGCAAAAGUAAAUCGAAAUUCUUAAUACUACUGAAGGAAAUGCUACUAUGAGAAUCUACUUAGUGUGGUUAAUGCUCACAGUAAUGAUAGAUCCGAACUGAAGUAUUUAUUUUGUCACCAUUUGGUCAAUUUUAGGCCAUUCAAGAUGCAGUGCAUGAAAGUGAUGGAAUUUACAAAAUAGGAAUGGCCAUUUUUCGUCAAUUAUUUUUGUAACCCCUAGACAUUGAAAGGCUACUAGUAUUACAGGAAUAAAUCUGUUGUCAUAUCUUGUUUGACUGGCUGUCAUUUGGUCCAUUUUACUUGGUCUUUUUGAAUGAACCAUGUGAUUUAUUUGAGUAAUUAGUAGUGUGAUUGAAAAGUAUUAUGUGGACCAGUUGGAUCACAUCAUCCUCCCUGGGUUUACUAAUGGAAUCCCAAAGUUGCACAUUUUUGUAAAAUAACUUCAGGUAUACUCACUGUCUCUUUUUUGGUUUCAAUAUGUUAUUUCAUAACUACUACUACUAGUAUUGGUGUAAUGACCUAGACCAAGUUGGUUUAAAUUUUGAAAAAUAGUACCCUUUGGUUCUUAGUACCAAAUGGAACAUACUACUUCUUGUGCUAGUAGAUGCUAUCCAAUUUAAUUUUUUUCAUUUGGUGCCCUUGAGGAGCCACCAACCCAAAACUAUCAUAGCUACUACUAGUAGUAGUAAUACUAGCUAGUACUAUGGUUUGACUACUAUUAAUAAUACUAGUACUAGUACUAGUAUUAAUUAGUAGUGGUAAUUCUUGUCAUUAGAUGUCAGAUUCUGAUACUGGUUUUUUACUACSAUUACUGUUAUUCUUUAUAUGAAAGCAGUCUCUGACCAAUUUAAGGGUCAUAUUUUUAACUAGUGAACAUUACCACUACACAUCAUUUACUUGUUUUUGUGCGCCCCUCAUCAGCACAAUGGUGGAGGUGAUGGAGGUGCACUGGUGACAAACCAGUACGGUCCUAAUCUGGCAUGCUUCUUCUUCUUUGAUGUGCUGCUGAUCUCAAUCUGGCAUGCUUCUUCUUCAAGGUGCUGCAGGAAAAGUUAGUAUAGUAAUGAAGGUGAUCUCAUCAGUAGUACACUGCUACAGUGAACCAACUGGUGCCCUGUGCAUUUUUAACAACCUUCUGGUGCUUGUAGUACUACUAGUAGUAGUACUAGAUAGUAAGGUGAAGAAUGGUUCCAGCGGUUUCUCUGCUGAAGGGCAGCACUCCUUCCUGAUUCUAUGCAUCCUGCUGGUACACAACAAGCAGUUUCUCUGGUUUCUAGUAAUACUCCUAACUACUACUACUACUAGUAGUAGUAGUAGUAGUAGUAGUAGUAGUAGUAGUAUUGCAAAGUAUUUCUCCUCAAUGCACUAUGAGAUGAGUCAGUAGUAGCCCUAUCAAAAUGGAUGUUAUUGUCUAAGUCUUGAAAUUUUAUAGUUCACCACUGUUCAUAUUAUCAAUAUCUAAUUUGACCAUCCAUAAAUGCUGGAUUUCCUCCUGCUACCAGUAAAAAUAGCUAUUCUUUUUCUAAAAAACAAGAAGUAAAUUGUCAUGUUGCCUUCUUCUUCUCAGCACAAAGUACUACAAUUUAUAUUGUCACUGAAAUGUAUAGUACUCAUUCCUUGUUACCAUAAUUUUCUAUUGUCAGUAGAAGUACAAUAAAGAAGAACAAAAAGGGAGGAAAUCUAUCUUAUGAAAUUUCAGCUUCUCUUGGUAGUCUUGAGUCCUAUUCUUAACCUUUGCUACCAGCUAGAACGACAGAAAAUAUUCAGCAGUGGUGUAGAGCUGAGACUGGUGGUGAAGGAAAAGUAGAAGGAGGGUUCUACAAAUAAUAAGUACCAAGAGCUUCUUACUGCUACCACUAGUACCACCAGCCAGAAGCUUGGUGGUACAGUCUGCAAGAAAAAUACUCAUUUCUGUCAGUAGAAUCUGAGCCACCCUCUGGUUUGUGGGACAAUCAUACCACUUUAUUGUCACUCCCCUUGACUUCCACCAUGUUGAAUUUUUGAUGAAUUUCUUUUGGGUUUUUCUAACUGAAUAUUUUCAGUCACCAAGACCACCACCGCUCAUGCCUGCACCAAAACUUGGAACAACAACAAGAACUGAUGCAAAAAUACUAUGGUUCCAAGAAAUUGGUAUGACAGGAAAGAAGAACAAAAUAGUAACUCCUCUGUUAGUACUAUACUGAUCAAGCAAGAAUUCUUGAAACCAUAGACAACAAGAACCAAGAAGAAGGGUGGACACCAUUUAUAGUAUUAGUAGUGGUGUGCUGGAACUACUAAAGUCCAACCCCAUCAGGAGGUCCUUCCUUGGUGCCAAACAUUGAUUGCACUGAUAAUCCAGAUUUCAUCCUUGAUGGUGGAAAUGAAAAGCAAACACAAAAGUGGUGGGUCCCUGAGAAAAAAGUUGAUUGACAAUGUGGGAAGAACAAGGUUGACAGUGUCACCCAAGUGGCAGUCAUAGCCACCACUGCCUGUCCCCUUGCUUUUAAUCUGACCUGUAGAGAAUUUGUUCCAACAGCUACAAACAAUGCUGGAACCCACUGUUUCACCUGAAACACAGUGUACCUAGGAUGAUCCAGAUUCUAUUUUCAAAAAUUAGUACCUAGUAGGAAGGAAAAGAAGCCUUGUUUGCAAAACCAAGAAGGAGAGGGGGGGCAACAAGAAAGAAAAUCAAAAUGGUAACAAAAAAGUGAAGACAUUCUGUCCAUUUACAUGUCAACUUUCUUGAUGUGUUUGCAAAAACACUAGCAACAAGUUCAAGUUUUCUCAAAUCAAACACCAGCAUCAAGUGCAAAAACAUUGCAAGGAGGCAUGCUGGUUGUGACAAGGAAGCAAAAAAAACAGGGCAGAAAAUUCCUGUGUUCAAGUUAUGCCCAAGAAGAAAGUGCAAUGACCAAUGCUACUUGUAGAUUCCAAAACAGUUGGUGGGUUCUUGCAGUCUUCUUCCAAACUCCCACACUGAAGGUGGGGGUUACUAUAGUAAGACAAGUACUACUACUACUACUCCUGCCAGCAUCCUUUUCUCACAAAAUGCACAAAAAAAGUCAGUCAGUAAUMAUAUAUCACAGCAUCAUAUUUCUGCAAUGUAAAGCAAUGAUAAAGCAGCAAAAGAAAUAUCUUAACAAUUUUUCUUGCAUGUGACUUAGCAACAACCCACAACUCAGGAACACCAAACAGAUUUCUCAAAAAGGAAGAACCUCAAGUUUCUUUCACCAACAUCAUAAUAGUACUACUAGUAGUAGAUAGUACUACCAGAAACAAGCACUUGUUGCAACAGGAAUACCACUAUACUACUAGCUACUUGUUUAUGCAGACCAGCAGGUGUCAACAAGUGUCCAUUCAUCAUAGUUGGUAUCAGCAGGCAAAUAGACAUUUUGUUCUCUCUGACCAGCUCUUCUUGUCAAUGCGAAACAUCAUGCAUUAGUAGUACUAGAUACUAUUUCUCUUGCGGAAGAAGAAGAAGAAGAAGAAGAAGAAGAAGUAGAAGUAGAAGUAGUAGUAGUAGUAGUAGUAACUACAAUACUAGUAGUAGUAUCAUGCUUGCAAAUCAAGUUUGCUGCAAACUACUUUGGUUAUUCCUCUAUGGUCCUACUAGUAGUAGUCAGAAGUGUAGCAAUUUAAUCUACAACUCUUUGGUAAGAACUAAGUCUUAUGUUUGCAUUUUCUUGUGAUGAGUGGGAUUAGUCUGAUGUUGCUCAAAGCAGCAGCACUUGAAAUGUACGCAUGCUUGGGCGAUAGGACGUGCUUCUAUUGCAAGAAUGGGCGAUGCCACUAACGACGAGAGUUUCUGUGUCCUCACGCAUGAACUAAUUUGUUCCAAGAUUAGUGUAUUUAAAAUCUAUCACUUACUGUUUACUUGCUAAGUAUAUAUUGUGUGCUCCCCAAUAGUACAGCAUAGACGAUGAAUGAACAUAUGCAUGGGUUGUGGAGUCGAUUGUGUACGGUUCCGCAUCGAACCAAUGUUCCGAAAACGUACCGCGCCACCAUGCUCUAAUCCCUCUGGACCCUCUUUGUGGUGCCGUUCCGUGCUUCGCGGCGCACCAUGCUUAUACUGUUCUGCCAUAACAUAACAUACCGCACCGUGUGUGUUUCUGUUUCGAAGCCGAAACCCGGUGUUCGGCGCAAACU